AUGAUCGCAACAUCCAACUUCCCUCGCAUCAAGGAGGUCCGCACCUUCAUCAUUGACGGUGUCGGCUCCGGCGGCGACUACCACAAUGUCAAAGGCGGCCACUGGCUGGUCGACAGCAACAUCUCUACGCCCAUGGCCAAGUGGGCGCAGUACCGCGGCUCGCGGACAUCCUGGGGGAUCAACGUGCUGGGCUCGUUCUGUGUCGAGAUCGAGGCAACCGACGGCACCAAGGGCUUCGCGACGGGGUUCGGUGGCCCCCCCGCGUGCUGGCUGGUGCAGCACCACUUUGAUCGGUUCCUGGUCGGUGCUGACCCCCGCGACACCAAUGACCUGUUCGAGAAGAUGUACCGCGCCUCCAUGUUCUACGGCCGCAAGGGUCUCCCCGUGGCGGUGAUCUCGGUCAUCGAUCUGGCGCUGUGGGAUUUGCUGGGCAAGAUCCGCAACGAGCCCGUGUACAAGCUCAUUGGCGGGGCUACUCGGGAGCGCCUGAAUUUCUACUGCACAGGACCCCAGCCGGCCUCGGCCAAGGCGGCGGGUUUCAUCGGCGCCAAGGUGGCGCUGCCGCACGGCCCCGAUGAGGGGACCGAGGGCCUGCUCAAAAACGUCGAGUACCUGCGUUCACAGCGCGAGAGCGUGGGGCCGGAUUUCCCGCUGCGGGUCGACUGCUACAUGUCUCUGACGGUGCCCUACACAAUCCAGCUGGUCAAGCGCUGCGAGGCCCUAGGUUUGGACAUUGACUGGUGGGAGGAGUGCCUGUCGCCCGAUGACUUUGACGGCCAUGCGCUGCUCAAGCGCGCUCACCCCACCGUCAAGUUCACCACCGGCGAGCACGAGUUCUCUCGCUAUGGCUUCCGCAAGCUGGUCGAGGGCCGCAACCUGGACAUCCUCCAGCCCGACGUCAUGUGGGUGGGCGGGAUGACCGAGUUGCUCAAGGUCUCGGCGAUGGCGGCCGCCUACGACAUCCCCGUGGUGCCUCACGCCUCCGGCCCUUACUCCUAUCACUUUGUGGUGUCGCAGACCAACAGUCCGUUCCAGGAGUACCUGGCCAACUCCGCCGACGGCAAGUCCGUUGAGCCCGUGUUUGGCAACCUCUUCCUCAACGAGCCCAUCCCCACCCAGGGCUACCUCGACGUGUCCAUCCUGGACAAGCCCGGCUUCGGCUUGGAACUCAACCCAGCCGCGCCGCUGAUCCCUGCGGCCAACAUCCUGACCCCGGCGCCGCAGAAAAGUCUUCGUGCACCGGACAGCGAGCAGCCGAACGGACCCACGGCGUAG